AUGGAAAAAACCGAUGUUAAAUGUUUACGAUCCAAAAACGAUAUCACAGUAGGGUUACGCAAGAAACUCUAUCUCCUACAUUGCCCACAAUGCAAAACUUACUCAGAACCCCUUAAAUCAUGGAUUCAAUCAAACCAGCUUCUAGAUUUGUGUUUAAAAUUACUAGAAAAGAAUUUGAGUUUUACAAAUGUGAGAUUGGUUCGUUCUCAAACAAUUCCAUCUCAACCCAAUUCAAAGAUUAUCAAAAUUAGGGUUACUGUUCAGAAAGAGGUUAUCACUGGAGAAACUCUUCAACAAUCUUAUCUUGUUGAGUUUGUUCAACACAACCGAGUUUGUGAAUCUUGUACUAGUCCUCAGCCAGAUCCUGAUCAAUGGAAUUCUGUUGUGGAAUUAAGACAAGAUGGAUGUGCCAUGCAUAGUUUCUUUAGUUUGAAACAUGCUAUUUUGAAGCAUGGUGUUGCUGCUAAUGCUGUGAGAAUCAAUGAGAUGAAACACGGUCUUGAUUACUUUUUCGCCAACAGAAUUCAUGUUAACAAGCUUCUUGAUUUUAUCAAGGGACGACUUCCUGUGAGGGUUUCUGAGAGUAAGGAGCUUGUUUCUCAUGAUACAAAUGAUUAUAAAUACACUUUUUCUGUUGAAGUUUGUCCGAUUUGUCGCCAGGAUUUGAUUUUUCUGCCUCCUAACGUUGCUUCGAGUUUGGGGAAUAUAGGUCCUAUUGUUAUUUGUACUAUGGUUACCAAUGUUAUUACUUUGUUUGAUCCUUUAACCUUGACGCAGUGUUGCUUAGAUGGUGAUAUGUAUUGGAGGGCACCCUUCAAGUCUUUGCUCACAAGGGAAGAGUUAGUGGAAUAUCUUGUGCUCGACGUUAAGGAGGUUUGUUCAAAGGUUAAUGGUAAGAAAUUCGGUUUGGCUAAUGCUGAGGUUGCUCGCGUGGAUGAUUUGGGAAAAAAUGACACUAGAUUUAGUAUCAAGACUCAUCUGGGCUAUCUCUUGGAAGCAGGUGACUAUGCUCUUGGUUAUGACUCGUGUGAGGCUAAUUGUAGUGGUAGUAGUGAGAUUGGAUUGAAGGAGCACAUAGGAGAUGGUGUGAUUCUAAUGAGGAAGACAUAUGGAGGGAAACACCUGAUGAAGAGACGUGUAGAGCAUCUGUUGUACUUAAAAGAUUUAGAAGAAAUCACUAAUGAGGUGCUCGGCAUAUCACUAGGUGGUGAAGAGCCGCCUUUGGAGGAGAAGAUGGGUGAUCUUAAUCUAUGUGGUGAGGAAUGUAAGGAGAAGAAGAAGGCCAAGAGGAUGGCAUGA